GUUAGUAAUAAUUAGCUUUUUAAAAACGUGUAUUUGUUUACUUUCUGUUUGCUAUUUUUUUAAAAAUUGAAAAUUGUGUAUAACGCGUUAAUUUAAUUGCAAUCCAAAUGUUACCUGAAACAAUAGAUAAUAGGAUUUCUAAACUAAUAAAAAAAUGCCUAUCUCUCCGACAUCGGUCAAUGUUUUUUAUUUUAGGGGAGAAUUUUCAGAAUCAGGUUGUGUUUCUGUAUCAUUUACUAUUGAAGAACAGAAAGUCUUCAAAAAUGAGUCCACCAUUGUGGUGCUUCAAAAAGAAUUUAGGAUUCAAUUUAUUUCAGAAUAAAAAAUUAAAAAAAUUAAAGAAAAACUGCACUGAAAAUUAUCCACUGAGGCAGGAAGACAUGUUUGAACAUUUUUUAUUGUCUUCAAACAUUCAAGUGUGUCAUUACAGUGAGAGUGAUAAAAUAUUAGGACAAACUUUUGGUUUACUAAUUAUGCAGGAUUUUGAAGCAUUGAUGCCAAACACACUCGCUCGAUUAAUAGAAUGCGUUGAAGGAGGUGGGAUGAUUAUAUUCUUGUUGCCUGAUAUCACAUCUGUAGAAGAAAUAUUUUCCUUUCACAUGGAUGCCCAUGCUAAAUUUGUGACUGAAGCAUGUGACAAGGUGAAGCCAUUAUUCAAUAAAAGAUUUGUACUGUCUUUGCAUUCUUGUGAAAAUUGUCUAGUCACGGAUGACUCAUUAAACAUCAAACUAAUUCCUGAGCAGUUCAAUGUCUCUGAGAGAUCCUAUUCAAAGUUUAUAAGUCAUGACUCACAAAAGAAGGAAUUGAAUGACUGUUCUGCAGACAAUUUCUCCAAGAUCCUCUCCUUGUGUUACUCAUCAGAUCAGGGUGAAGCACUAAAAAGAUUGUCAGAAAGUGGCCUGAAGGGCAAAAGUGCACCGCUCUCUGUAUCAUCCCUAACCUCUGGAAGAGGAAGAGGGAAAUCAGCUGUUCUUGGUUUGGCUGUUUGCUUAGCCUUGGACUUGCAUCUCUCAAAUAUCUAUGUCACAUCACCUCAUUUGGAGAAUGUUCAAACUCUGUUCUCUUUUCUGAUAAAAGGUCUUCAGAUUUUGGAUUUCAAAGAAGGAAUAGAUUUUGAAGUGUCCUCUGCAAGUAUGAAUAAUAUGAAUUUCAUCACUGGAGUUCAAAUGGUUCAUCGUCACAGGCAAAUGGUUACUUAUGUCCCUCCAUUGGAGUACACCAAAUUAGGAAAUGCUGAUCUGGUUGUGAUUGAUGAAGCAGCUGCAAUCCCAUCUGCUAUUGUGAAAAAAUGGAUUGGUCCAUUUAAUGUUUUCAUAGCUUCAACAAUAAAUGGGUAUGAAGGAACUGGCCGUUCUUUGUCGCUGAAACUUAUCAGUCAGAUACGAGCUGGCAACUUUCAUCAGGGUACUGAUCACAAAAAGAAAGAAAUGAGCAGGGAUAUUGGCCCUACUUUAAUUGAAAUAUCACUGAACGAAGCAAUUCGUUAUGGAAAUGACGACCCAGUAGAAAAAUGGCUCAAUGAUUUGUUAUGCCUUGAAGCUAGAACUGAAAGCAUGCUAGGAAAUGCUUUGCCUCCCUCUGACAGUUGUAGAUUGUAUCGUGUUAACAAAAAAGCUCUUUUCAGUUACAAUAAGUGUGCUGAAAAAUUUCUACAGCAAAUUGUUUAUCUCUUUGUAACAUCUCACUACAAAAACUCUCCAAAUGAUCUGAUGAUGAUGGCUGAUGCCCCUGCCCAUCAAAUAUUCUGUCUACUUCCUCCUCUUGGCAGCACUACUGAAUUACCUCCUCCUGUUCUCUGCACAAUUCAGGUAGCUGUAGAGGGUAAAAUAUCUGCAGAAAACUAUAGUUAUGAGCAAUCCCAUGGCCAUAGGGCUUCUGGCGACUUAAUUCCCUGGAUUAUAUCUCAGCAGUUCCAAGAAGAGAGUUUCACCAAUUUUGCUGGUGCUCGAGUAGUGCGAAUUGCUACUCAUCCUGAUUGCCAAAGAAUGGGAUAUGGAAAGAGAGCCCUUCAACUAUUGUGCCAAUAUUAUAACUCUGAAACCAAUGACUCAGCAUCAUUGAACGAAAGUAGAGUUAUGCCAUUACUCUAUGAAUUGAAAGAUUCACCUCCAGAAAGGCUUGAAUACAUCGGAGUUUCGUAUGGCUUGACAACAGAAUUGUUAAAAUUUUGGAAACGAGCUGGAUUUGUACCGCUAUAUAUCAGACAAACCACAAGUGAUGUGACUGGUGAACAUUCUUGUGUGAUGGUGAAGUCUGAGAAUCAGUGGUUGAAAGAUUUCUACUCUGAUUUUUCAUCCAGAUUUGUAUCCCUCUUGCCUUCUGCUUUCAAGUCGUUCAGUGGGUCACUCGCCUUAAGUGUUCUGCACUGUAAACAUUUGAGACCCAUAAAAGGUCUCUCAGCUGCAGAGAUGCAAUGGUUUGUGGGUCCCCUCCAGCUCAAGAGGUUGGCAGCUUAUAGUAACAAUCUGAUUGACCACCACUUGAUACUCGAUGUUUUGCCAGGAAUCUCCAAGCUCUAUUUUUCCGGACACCUCGGCUCUCACUUUUUGUCGUCUCUUCAAGAGGUCAUUCUGUUGUGUAUAGGCUUACAGAACAAAUCAAUAGAAAUGACCUCCAAUGAGUUGAAUAUGGAGCCUCAGCAAGUGAUGGGAUGUUUUAGAAAAGCAGUUAAGAAAAUUGUCAAUUAUUUAAACUCAGUCUUUCUUCAAAAUUCAAAUAAAAGCUCAAAGGAAAAAGAAGAAACUUGAUGUGAUUUAGUACCAAGAACCCCAAAUUUAGUGCUACUAUUGGCUGUCAUGGACAGCAAUGAUAAGUUCUCCUGUAACAUUUAAGGUUUCUGUGAUACUCAAAAUUUCAUACUUUGUACAUACUGUGCAUGAACCAUUGUUAUAUACAUAUGUAAUAAAAGUUUUUUUUUU